AUGAGCGUUAUUUCGCGUAACAUUUGGCCUGUUUGCGGUAGUUUAUGUUGUUUUUGUCCUGCAUUGCGGGAAAGAUCAAGACAUCCUAUUAAACGUUACAAGAAAUUGCUUGCUGAUAUCUUCCCUCGCACGCCGGAAGAAGAACCUAAUGAUCGUAAGAUCAGCAAAUUAUGCGAGUAUGCAUCGAAAAAUCCUCUUCGUGUUCCUAAGAUAACAAGCUAUCUUGAGCAAAGAUGUUAUAAGGAGUUGAGGACUGAGAAUUAUCAAGCUGUGAAAGUUGUCAUUUGUAUUUAUAGGAAGUUGUUGGUUUCUUGUAGAGAUCAAAUGCCUUUGUUUGCAAGUAGCUUGCUUAGCAUCAUUCAAAUUCUUCUUGAUCAAUCGCGGCAAGACGAAGUGCAGAUUUUAGGAUGCCAAACCUUGUUUGACUUUGUGAACAAUCAGAGGGAUGGUACUUAUAUGUUUAAUUUAGACAGUUUUAUUUUAAAACUUUGCCAUCUAGCGCAACAAGUGGGAGAUGAUGGAAAAGUAGAGCAUUUGCGAGCUUCCGGACUUCAAGUCCUAUCGUCAAUGGUUUGGUUCAUGGGAGAAUUCACGCAUAUUUCAGUUGAAUUUGACAAUGUUGUUUCGGUUGUUUUGGAAAAUUAUGGGGAUAUCAAGGAAGAUUCUCAAAACGGGAAUUCUACAGGGCGUUAUUCAUGGAGAAUGGUAGUGAAUGCCAAAGGAGAACUCAACGUGCCUAUGGAAGAUGCUACGAACCCUGGAUUUUGGUCAAGAGUUUGUAUACUAAAUAUGGCUAAGUUAGCCAAGGAAGGUACAACUGUACGACGUGUCCUGGAAUCCUUGUUCCGCUAUUUUGAUAAUACCAAUCUCUGGUCUCCAGAACACGGGCUUGCCCUAUCUGUCUUGCUCGAUAUGCAGUCUAUAAUUGAAAAUGCUGGACAGAAUACACACUUGUUACUAUCCAUUUUAGUCAAGCACCUUGAUCACAAGAAUGUCUUAAAGAAUCCUAAUAUGCAACUUGAUAUUGUCGGUGUUAUUACCCAUCUUGCUGAAAAAACAAGAGUUCAGCAAUCGGUGGCUAUAAUUGGUGCAUUGAGUGAUAUGAUGAGACACCUGCGGAAAAGCAUACACUGCUCUCUCGAUGAUUCGAACUUAGGAACCGAAGUAAUACAAUGGAACCAAAAAUAUAGAACGGAAGUAGAUGAAUGCCUUGUACAGUUAACAAUUAAGAUCUCAGAUGCAGGUCCUGUUCUCGAUACCAUGGCCGUGUUGUUAGAAAACAUGUCUAAUAUUACAGUUAUGGCAAGAACCUUGAUUGCUGCAGUUUAUAGAACUUCUCAAAUAGUUGCAUCUAUACCGAAUUUGUCGUAUCAGAACAAGGCAUUCCCUGAGGCAUUAUUUCAUCAGUUACUCCUGGCAAUGGUCCAUGCAGACCAUGAAACCAGGGUGGGUGCACACCGCAUAUUUUCUCUUGUUCUUGUGCCAUCGUCAGUUUGUCCUCAACCUUCAUCUUCAAAUCCCCCCUUGGCAAAGGCAACCGAUAUUCAAAGAAUGCUCUCGAGAAAUGUCUCUGUAUUUUCCUCUUCAGCAGCACUCUUUGAUAAAUUGGAGAAGAAGCAACUUUCCAUAGACGAAGAUAUUCCUUUAGAUGGAAAGAGCAAUGAUAGCUCCGUUCUUAAUAGAUUGAAGUCAAGUUAUAGUCGGACCGCUAGUAUAAGAAAACCAGCUUUGACGAGCACAGAAUCCACAAAGGUUAAUAACCCUUCUAUGAUGAAUAGAUUGAAGUCAAGUUACAGCCGAGCAACUAGUGUGAAGAGGCCUCAAGUAACCAUAAUUGUUGAAGAAAAUGCAACAACUCAAAAACAGGUAUUACCGAUUAGGCUGAGUAGUCAUCAGAUUACCCUUUUGCUAUCAUCAAUUUGGGUACAGUCUAUCUAUCCUUUGAAUACACCUGAAAAUUUCGAAGCAAUUGCUCAUACCUACAGCCUUGUCUUGCUAGUUGCUCGGAGUAAGAAUUCUUCUCAUGAGGCUCUAAUUCAAAGUUUUCAGUUGGCAUUUUCCUUGAGGAGCAUUUCUCUCAAUGAAAAUGUUAAACUGCAAGCAUCACGCCGCAGGUCUCUCUUUACACUAGCAACAUCCAUGAUUGUCUUCACAUCCAAGGCCUACAACAUCCUCUCUCUCAUUUCCAUCGCUAAAAUGGCAUUGACAGAUAAAACCGUUGAUCCUUUCCUGCAACUGGUUAAUGACAGCAAGUUACAAUCUGUUGAUGAUACAGUUAGGCAGCCAAGUAAGGCUUAUGGAUCAAAAGAGGAUGAUGAGGACGCUUUAAAGUCACUUUCAUCGAUAAAAAUAACUGAAAGCCAGUCAAAUGAAUCGUUUGCUACUAUGAUAGUGCAGAGUCUAGGAAAACCGGCAAAUGAAUCAUCCGUGUUAAAAGAACGGCUUCUUAAUAAUUUUUCACCCGAUGAUGCUUGUCCAUUGGGUGUCCAGUUAUCUCUUGAUACAACAGGAUACCAGUCUGGACUAAAGGAUGAUAAACAUUCUGAUAUGGUUGAUGUUCCAUUAUUUACUAUUGAUGAUGACAUUCCAGCUUCUGGUUUGGAAAGCCAAACUAGUACUGAUGCGCAACAACAGCCUUUAGAAAAUCUUAGCCUGAUAACUGUUGAUGAUAUUUUGGGUUCAGUUGUGGAGACAACACAUCAUGUAGGAAGGAUUUCUGUUUCAACACCUUCUAACAUGCCAUAUAAAGAAAUGGCUCUCCAUUGUGAGAACCUCCUCGCCGGAAAGCAACAGAAGAUUUCCACAUUCAUGGGUGCCCAAUCAUUACUUGCCAAUUCAUUCAGGAUUCCUCUUCCUGAUUACAACCAAGAAAAGGACGAAUCCACAAAUUCCAAUGUUCAGCCAAGUUUGCCUUUGUUGCAGAGUGGAAAUCCAUUCUUGGAUUCAAACUUAGGCGCUCCGUCACCCACAACAUUGCCUGAGAGCGGUCCAAUGCUUUGCGCCACAGCUUAUCAGCAGCAGGCCGCCUUCUUUCAACUGCCAGCAUCACGUCCAUAUGAUAAUUUCCUGAAGGCCGCUGGUUGUUAA